AUGAAGAUAGUGGCGAUCUUUCUUCUCAGUGCCUUGGCCCUGUUGAGUUUAUCUGCUAACGCUAAAGCUGACGUUCCAGGAACAAAGGCUGUAUGUAACAGUAGUGUGAAUGGAUGUACCAAGAUCUAUAAACCUGUCUGUGGGACUGAUGGACAAACUUAUUCUAAUGAAUGCAUUCUAUGCAUGGAAAAUAAGAACCGCAAGACUCCUGUCCUCAUUAAAAAACAGGGGCCUUGCUGA